AUGGCGGACCAUCAUCGAGAUGUGUCGCAGUACAAGUACUCGGCAAUGUCCAACCUGGUUCUCCAGGCGGACAGACGGUUUGUCACGCGGCGAACUGACGAGGCUACUGGCGACCCCGAAUCCCUUGCAGGUCGUUUAAAGAUCAACGAUAUGGGCUCUAGGGUUGCGCGCGACGAGGCUCCUAAACAGAAGAAGGCCACCGGUCUAGAUAUAAAAAGAGGAGAUGUGCAAGAGGGCCAAGAUAUAUUAGCCCGUGAGCAGAGAAAACGAAAGGGCGAUCCGUCGCAGAUGCGUGCAACAGGAAUCCUUGGACAGACAGAUUUACUUGUGGAAGGCCUACGGUAUCAACCGCGCAUACCAGCUACUCGUGCCACCUACGAUCUAAUAUUGAAUGUCGUAGCACAGAACCUCGGUGACGUGUCCCACGAGAUUGUCUUGAGCGCCGCGGAUGCUGUCUUAGAAUACCUCAAGGACGAGGAUAUGAAAGACUUCGAUAAGAAGAAGGAGAUCGAUGACCUUCUAGGCGCUACAUUGAACCCUAAGCAAUUCAACGAGUUGGUCAACCUCGGAAAGAAAAUUACAGAUUAUGAUACCCAAAACGAUGAUGAGGAGAUGGACACAGGAACGGGGGCGGCUGAAGGUGACCAGGAACUCGAUGAACGCCAGGGUGUUGCUGUUGUCUUUGACGAUGAAGAGGAAGACGGGGAGGCCUUGGUAGAUGAGGUUCGAGAUGAGUCUUCCGAUGAUGAGGCUGUCUUGGAUAAUGAUGAAGAGGAUCUGACGGGCAUGGAGGAACGGGCAACAGCUGGAGGAGCUGGAGAGGAUCGGGACCAUGAACAAGCCGGCUUGGCCGAUGAUGAGGAUGAGUUGGUGAUAGAUUCUGGUUUGCCGGAUAGCAAGCGUGGAGGAGCUUCGAAAAAAACCAACUAUAUCCCUGCGCGCCAGAUCGACGCCUACUGGUUGCAAAGAGAGAUUGGUAAUAUAUAUACCGACGACCACAUCCGACACGAGAAGACCGCCCAAGCAUUACAUAUACUAUCCGGAGACCCUGACGAGCCUGGCGGGGAAGAGAAACAGCUAAGGGAGAUCGAGAAUGAAUUGAUGGAACUCCUUGAUUACGAACAUCACGAGGUCGUCCAAAAGCUAAUCGAGAACCGAGAGAAGAUCGUAUGGCUUACGCGUCUAGCCAGGGCGGAAGGCGAUGAGGAAAGGGGCGUUAUUGAACGGGAAAUGGCAUCGGAGGGUGUUCGAUGGAUCCUGGACGAACUUCGGGGCAAGAAGGCGACUGAUGCCCCGAAGAAGAUGGAAAUCAAGAUGGAUAUUGAUGUGCCUGCUUCGUUUAACACAGCACCGCAGCCUGAGCGGGCAGAGGGUCAGCUUGUCGGUGGCCUCCAACCACGGAAAUUUAUCAAUCUUGAGAACCUCGUGUUCGACCAGGGCAACCAUCUCAUGACAAACCCGCAAGUCAGGCUUCCCGAGGGCUCAACCAAACGAGCCUUCAAGGGCUAUGAAGAAAUUCAUGUUCCCCCACCGAAGAAGCGCAGCCAAGCGGAAGACACCAAUAUCCCCAUCACUGAUAUGCCGGAGUGGGCACGCGUGCCUUUCAGCUCAGCCAAAUCUCUCAACAAGAUUCAGACAAAGUGUUACCCAACGGCUUUCGAGGACGACGGCAAUAUGCUCAUCUGUGCUCCGACAGGCAGUGGUAAAACAAACGUUGCUAUGCUGACAAUCUUACGAGAGCUUGGAAAGUAUAGAGAUCCGCGAACAGGAGAUAUUGACCUGGAUGCGUUCAAAAUUGUAUACAUUGCGCCUUUAAAAGCUCUAGUGCAAGAGCAAGUCGGCAAUUUUGGUGCACGUUUAAAACCUUACGGAAUAACGGUUUCCGAACUGACUGGUGAUCGUCAACUUACCAAGCAGCAAAUAUCUGAGACCCAGAUAAUUGUAACCACACCAGAGAAAUGGGACGUCAUUACGCGGAAGGCCACGGAUUUGACGUACACGAACCUCGUGCGGCUAGUCAUCAUCGACGAGAUCCAUCUGCUACACGACGAACGUGGGCCUGUCAUCGAGAGUAUUGUCAGCAGGACUAUCCGAAAGACAGAACAAACCGGCGACCCUGUUCGGCUCGUUGGUCUGUCUGCUACUUUGCCCAACUAUAGAGACGUGGCUAGCUUCCUCCGUGUAGACCCCGUCAAGGGGCUCUUCCAUUUUGAUGGCUCUUAUAGGCCAUGCCCCUUGAGACAGGAGUUUAUUGGAAUUUCUGAGAAGAAAGCUAUCAAGCAACUCAAGACGAUGAAUGAGAUCACCUACAACAAAGUCCUUGAACAUGUGGGCACUCACCGAAACCAGAUGCUUAUUUUCGUUCAUUCACGAAAAGAGACUGCAAAGACCGCAAAGUAUAUCCGAGACAGGGCUCUCGAGAUGGAGACUAUUAACCAAAUCCUGAAGCACGAUUCAGGCUCCCGAGAAGCUCUGAAUGUAAUUGUUAAUGACAUAAAAGAUGCCGACCUGAAGGAUCUUCUUCCUUAUGGAUUCGGUAUACAUCAUGCCGGUAUGGAUCGUGUCGAUCGAGACGAGGUCGAGGGCCUCUUCUCAGCUGGUCUCAUCCAAGUACUCGUGUGUACCGCUACUCUCGCCUGGGGUGUGAACUUGCCUGCGCAUACGGUGAUCAUCAAGGGCACUCAAGUCUACUCCCCAGAGAAGGGUAGUUGGGUAGAAUUAAGCCCCCAGGACGUUCUGCAGAUGCUAGGUCGUGCUGGGCGGCCACAGUACGAUACUUAUGGUGAGGGUAUCAUCAUCACGUCACAAAGUGAGAUGAAGUACUAUUUAUCGUUACUGAACCAGCAAUUGCCAAUUGAGAGUCAAUUUGCUAGUAAGCUCGUAGAUAACCUCAAUGCGGAAAUCGUUCUAGGCAAUGUCCGAAGUCGAGACGAAGGAGUAGAAUGGCUCGGAUAUACGUACCUAUUCGUUCGAAUGCUAAGGUCACCCGGUCUCUACAGCGUCGGAGCCGACUACGAAGAUGAUGAAGCCUUGGAGCAGAAACGAGUCGACCUUAUACACUCCGCAGCUUCUGUGCUAAAAAAGUCCAACCUGAUCACAUAUGAUGAAAAGACAGGGAAGGUCAAGGCAACCGAGCUCGGAAGAAUCUCGUCUCACUACUACAUCACGCAUGGGUCUAUGGACACCUACAAUAAACUCAUUCAGCCUUCUAUCACAACAAUUGAACUCUUCCGAGUGUUCGCUCUUAGCGCUGAGUUUAAAUACAUCCCCGUUCGUCAAGAUGAGAAGUUGGAGCUCGCCAAGAUUCUAGCUCGAGUGCCCAUUCCUGUGAAGGAGAGCGUCGAGGAGCCGCAUUGCAAAAUAAACGUACUUCUGCAAGCGUAUAUCAGCCGCCUGAAACUGGAUGGCUUGGCUCUCAUGGCCGAUAUGGUCUACGUCACGCAAUCGGCUGGUCGUAUUCUUCGUGCUAUCUUCGAGAUUACCCUCCAGAAGGGGUGGGCUAAUGUCACCAAAACAGCCUUAGAUCUGUGCAAGAUGGCAGAGAAGAGAAUGUGGUUAACGAUGACGCCCCUACGACAGUUCCCCCGCUGUUCGCGAGACAUCAUAGUGAAAGCUGAGAAGCUAGACGUCCCGUGGAGUAGUUAUUUCGAUCUUGAUCCCCCUCGUAUGGGAGAGCUGCUUGGGAUGCCGAAAGCAGGACGUGUAGUCUGUGACCUAGUAUCGAAGUUUCCAAGGGUCGAGAUUCAAGCCCAGGCGCAGCCGAUGACCCGCUCUAUGCUUCGAGUCGAACUAUCCAUCACACCAAAUUUCCAGUGGGAUGACGAAGUACAUGGGUUGGCGGAAAGUUUCUGGAUUAUCGUCGAAGACUGCGAUGGCGAAGAUGUUCUAUUCUACGAUCAGUUCCUCUUACGCAAGGAUUAUGCUGUAUCAGAAUCAAAUGAGCAUCUGGUUGACUUCACCGUCCCCAUCACCGAACCUAUGCCACCUAACUACUUCAUCUCGGUCAUUUCCGAUAGAUGGAUGCACUCAGAGACAAAGCUGGCUGUAUCGUUCCAGAAACUUAUCCUUCCGGAGAAGUUCCCUCCUCACACCCAGCUACUGGAUUUGCAGCCGCUCCCAGUUGCUGCCCUGAAAGCCAAGGACUAUUCUAAGCUAUACGAGUCCUGGAACUUUUUUAACAAGGUCCAGACGCAGACUUUCAAUUCUCUAUACACGACAGAUGAUAACGUCUUGAUUGGGGCCCCAACCGGUAGCGGGAAGACUGUUUGUGCCGAAUUCGCUAUCUUGCGUCUUUGGUCCAAGCCGGAGAUUGGUCGUGCUGUUUACAUUGCACCUUUCCAGGAGCUGGUUGACAUUAGGUACCAAGAUUGGAGCAAGCGGCUUAGCCAUCUACGUGGCGGUAAGGAGAUUGUCAAGCUGACCGGGGAGACGGCAACAGAUCUCAAAUUGCUCGAGAAGGGUGACCUAAUCCUAGCUACGCCCACACAAUGGGAUGUUCUCUCCCGACAGUGGCAAAGGCGCAAGAAUAUUCUAACCGUCGAGUUGUUCAUUGCUGAUGAGCUUCACCUUCUUGGAGGACCGAUGGGGUACAUUUAUGAAAUCAUAGUAUCUCGAAUGCACUAUAUUCGCACGACCGCUAGCCUACAGAUGAGGAUAAUCGGACUGAGCGUAUCGCUUGCGAAUGCGCGAGACAUUGGCGAAUGGAUUGAUGCUAAGAAGAAGGAUAUAUAUAACUUGAGCCCGCACGUCCGCCCCGUACCCCUGGAGCUUCGGAUACAGUCCUUCUCUAUUCCCCAUUUCCCAUCUCUUAUGCUUGCCAUGGCGAAACCAGCGUACCUCGCAAUCACCGAACUAUCGUCUGACCAGCCAGCUUUGGUCUUUGUCCCGAGUAGGAAGCAAACGAGAUCGAGCGCUCGUGAUAUUCUGGCAGCUUGCCUAGCGGAGGACGACGAGGACAGGUUUUUGCACGUAGACAGUGAGCAGCUUCGCCCUCUUCUAGAACGUAUUCACGAAGAGGCCUUGGCUGAGGCGCUCUCCCAUGGUGUCGGCUACUACCACGAAGCUCUCAGCCAGAGCGACAGGCGUAUUGUUCUUCACUUGUACAAGCAAGGCGCGAUCCAGGUCUUGGUUGCAUCUCGUGACGUAUGCUGGGAGCUGGACUGCACUGCACAUCUAGUCGUAGUGAUGGGUACCCAAUAUUUCGAGGGACGCGAGCAUCGUUAUAUCGACUACCAGCUUAGCGAGGUGUUGCAGAUGUUCGGGAAAGCACUACGCCCAUCUCGAGACGGUCGUAGUCGAGGAGUUCUGAUGGUUCCAGCCGUCAAGAGAGAAUACUUCAAGAAGUUCCUAAACGAAGCACUUCCAGUUGAGUCGCAUCUUCACAAUUUUGUGCACGAUGCUUUCGUUACCGAAGUCAGCACCAAGAUGAUCGAGUCUGCAGACGAUGCCAUUAAUUGGACUACGUUCACUUAUUUCUACCGCCGACUCCUCGCAAACCCAAGCUACUACAGCUUGACAAGCCCUACGCACGACGGACUGAGCAACUACUUGUCUGAUCUCGUUGAGUCGACUCUAAAAGAACUGACUGAAUCGAAGAUUAUUGAUUUUGAUGAAGAGGAUGGUUCAGUUUCUCCCCAGAACGCUGCCAUGAUUGCAGCUUAUUACAACAUCUCAUACAUCACGAUGCAAACCUUCCUCUUGUCAUUGAGUGGCAGGACGAAGCUCAAGGGUAUCCUGGAAAUCGUUACAUCGGCGACGGAGUUUGAGUCAAUCCAGAUACGACGCCACGAAGACAACCUGCUCCGACGCAUCUAUGACAGAGUCCCUGUCAAGAUGUCUGAGCCAGCGUACGAUUCGCCACAUUUCAAGGCAUUUGUAUUGUUACAGGCGCACUUCUCCAGAAUGCAACUCCCUAUUGAUCUUGCCAAGGACCAGGAGCUUAUCGUCUCAAAAAUAUUAAGCUUACUGAGUGCGACAGUCGACGUUCUCUCCUCUGAUGGGCAUCUGAACGCUAUGAAUGCCAUGGAAAUGUCGCAGAUGGUGGUCCAAGCCAUGUGGGACCGCGACAGUCCUUUGAAGCAGAUCCCUCAUUUCACACCCGAGGUGGUGAAGGUGGCAAAUGAGUUCGAAAUCAAUGACAUCUUCGACUUUAUGGAAGCCAUGAAUCCCGAAGAAAAUCCCAACUACGCGACUCUCGUCAAACGACUGGGCUUAUCGCAAACUCAAUUGGCGCAAGCAGCAGCGUUCACUAACAACAAGUAUCCUGACAUCUCACUCGAAUUUGAGCUUCUAGAUGAAGAUGAAAUUCGUGCUGGGGAGCCAGCGUACAUGAACGUCCAGAUCGAGCGCGAGGUUGAGGAAGAAGGGGAAGUCGAUACUACAGUUCACGCUCCGUUCUACCCCGCCAAGAAGGUGGAGAAUUGGUGGCUGGUUGUUGGAGAGGAGAGCACAAAGACUUUACUUGCCAUCAAGCGGGUUACGAUCGGCCGGCAACUCAAGGUUAAAUUGGAGUACACCGUCCCUACAGCCGGCAAGCAUGACCUGAAGCUGUUCUUGAUGAGUGACAGCUACGUCGGUGUGGAUCAGGAACCGACGUUCUCGGUUACAGUCGCGGAGGGUAUGGACGUAGAUGAGGACGAGGAUGAGGAGGAAGACGAUGAGUAA